AUGCUGGGUACCAAAGCUUCUGUAGUUGUCGACAUUGUUGCUCGAAAACCUUCAUUUGCCUUCUUUCAUGGCUGCGGUAAUCUUCUUCAUCACUCUCCUCCUUUUCUGUUCAAUUUCAAUGUCAAUUCCCAAUUUCAAUUCUCGAAUUAUGCAAGAAUGGAUAUUAUUGUUGAUGACCCACAACUGUUCCUGAAGUAUGUAAGACAAGAAUGUAAAUUAGGGUUUUCCCAAAUUAAUCAUGCCCUUAAUCUAUUCCAAAAGAUGCAAUCUUUGCACCCCUUACCUUCUGUUAUCGAUUUUAAUCAGCUGUUAACAGCUAUGUGUAAGAUGAAACCCAACCCCCCUUUUGCCACUGUCAUUUCUCUGUCCAGGAAACUUGAGUUGUCUGGUUUCCGCCCAGAUGGUUAUUCAGUUGCCAUCUCCGCCAAUUGCUAUAGCCGGUUAGGGUGCAUGGGUUUCGCGUUCUCCCUUGUCGGUAGACGCCUUAAGCUAGGUUAUGAACUCGACAUUGUUGUCUUCACCACCUUGCUCAAUGGUCUUAUUCAUGCUGACAAUCUCCGCGGAGCUGUUAAGUUGUUAGAUAAAAUUGUCAAGCUUGGUUUCCAACCCGACCUUGUUACCUUUGGUGCUAUGUUUAAAGGUCUUUGUAGAAAUGGUGACAAUGUAGGUGCUCUCGACUUGCUUAGGAAAAUGGAAUCUCAUGGUCAAUGCCAACCCGAUAAUGUCAUAUAUUGCACCCUCAUUGAUAGUCUUUGUAAAGACAAGCUUUUACUUGAGGCCCUUAGCCUUUUCAAGGAGAUGAAAAUCAAGGGAAUUUUACCCAAUGUCGUCACUUAUAAUACCUUAAUUCGAGGUAUGUGCACUCUAGGACAAUGGAAAGAUGCUCGGGAGAUGUUGAUUGAGAUGGUGGACAACAAAAUUGCUCCUAACAUUUUUACCUAUAAUACCUUCAUCGACAUGUACUGUAAAGAAGGGAUGGUAGGUGAUGCACGAGCUUUAUUUGAGACUAUGACUAAGAGAGGCCAUAUUCCUAAUAUCAUUACUUAUAAUUCUCUGUUGGAUGGAUAUUGUUUACGUGGAGAAUUGGACGAUGCAGAAAAGUUAAUGAAGUUGAUGGUAAAAGAUGGUUGCCAACCCGAUAUUGUGACUUUCAGCAUCCUGGUUAAUGGGUAUUGCAAGCACAAAAGGCUUGACGAAGCUCUAAGUCUUUUCCGGGAGAUGCCCCUUAAAGGAAUAACCCCUAAUAUUUUCUCAUAUACUAAUCUUAUUGAUGCCUUAUGCAAAGACAAUCAACUCGAAUAUGCAUGCAAGCUUUUGAAGGAGAUGCAAUUUCAUGGAAUAACACCGGAUGUAGUAACUUAUUCUUCAUUGAUAGAUGGCUUCUGUCAUCAUUCACUGAUUGAAGAGGCAACACUCUUGUUUAAGGACAUGAAAAGUAAAGGAGUGCUUCCCAAUAUUUUCACAUACACUAUCCUAAUUGAUGGCUUGUGUGAAGCUGGGCGACUUAAAGAGGCGAUGGACAUCUUCUCCUUUGUUGUAGAUAAGGGGAAACAAAGUGUGCGUACAUAUAAUGUAAUGAUGAAAGGUUUCUGUAAAAAAGGUUUACUAACUGAAGCCCUAGAGCUAUUGAAGAAAAUGGAUAAUGAUGGACAUCCUCCAGAUGAUUGCACCUACAAUACAAUUAUUAAGGGAUUUCUUUAUGGUGAUGAUGUCAGCAAGUCUUUAGAGCUUCUCAACAUUAUGACCAGCAAAGGGUUUGCAGGUGAUGCUAAAACAUGUUCGCUAUUUGUUGACUUGCUCAUUGAUCCCUGAGUUAGCCAAAAGAACAAGGCUUUGCUUCAGAAGUUUUUCAAAAAAUGAGUUUUCUCUACUCUGCAUUACAUUUGUGGUGAGAUGUGAAGACAGACACAGGAUUUAUUGCUGUGGAAACAGACAAAAUUUAUGCACCUGUGACAAAUAAAUUAUAUAGUGAAAAAGCUUAUGGUAGCCAAAAAUUGGAAUAUGAGGUCCAAACUCCAAACAUGUGUACCCUGUUAAUCCUCUAUAUUAUCCCAAAAUUUCCUACUUUGUGGCUCUGCUUCCAUUUUGUUUCCAUGCACAAAACUUACAUACAACCCCACAUCCAAAGAAAUAGUAACCUAACCAACUCUUCUUCAAAACCAUUAAGUUACUAGCCGGGAACUCUUCUUCAAAGCCAUUAAAUUACACACUUGAGAGAGAAGAAAUAAGAGCAUGAGCGAUGAUACCCUAGACAAGCUAGUCAUCUUCUUAGCCAAAAGAGAUGGCAUAGACAAGCUAGUCAAGACUUACCAAUAUGUCUCCAAGUUAGCCCAUUGGCACCUUGAGGAAACCCAACCGGACUUGGCCCGGAGGUUCAAACUAUGGGAAGUGGCUGCGGGCAUGAGUCGGAAGGUCUUUCGUAGCGGUCGGUCAUUGUCAGGCCUCAACACCAUAAGGAGGAACCCAGGCCCGACCCGUGGGCUCCGGACCUUGGCCGUCCUAGGGAAUGCAGGGGAGAUGGUCUACUUCUUCUUUGAUCACUUUACUUGGCUAUCAAGGCUUGGGGUGUUGGAUGCAAAGUUGGCUAAGAAGAUGAGCUUCAUCUCAGCCUUUGGUGAGUCUGUUGGUUAUAUUUUCUUCAUAAUGUCAGACUUCAUUCUCAUGCAUCAAGGGUUGAGGAAGGAGAAACUGCUACUCAAGGGUUUGGAAGAUGGUGAAAAGAAGGAAGAGGAGGUGAAUGAAGGGGUGCAGAAGAUUAGGGGGGAUAGAGUGAUGAGGUUGAUGGCGGUGGCGGCGAAUGUGGCGGACUUGGUCAUUGCUGUGGCGGAGAUCGAGCCAAACCCGUUUUGCUGUCAUGCUGUGACGUUAGGGAUUAGUGGCCUUGUUUCUGCAUGGGCUGGUUGGUAUAGAAAUUGGCCUUCUUGAACCAUUUCACAGGAUGUUUUCUGGGUUUACAUGUAAUUAAUUGAGAUAUUUCUAUGUUUUGACUAUGAAAACUCUAAUUCUAAAGAAAAAUUACAAAGAAAAUUUUGCCCAGUCUUUCUUGACCUUGAACA